CGCUCACUGUCGGCCGGAGCGUUUACAGCUCUGUCAUGUUUGAUAGGACGGCUGCACAACCAGAAGUGCAGACUGUUGUGUCCAUGGAUGAAUUCUAAAACCAUAGUCGUGUCCCGUCCUCUUUACAUGUAGACACUGUUUAGAAACGGAAGCAUGGGACGCGUUUGGCCGUCGAGAGGAUACAACUUAAUUCCUGCUGCUGUUGACAAGUCCAAAGUCCAUCAGUGCAGGCCGGACAAAACCUCAGUGACUGAGUACAGGCAUCCUCUCCAACAACAGUCCGUCGCUGCGGUCUGAGCAAUGAACUGUGGAACGCUUCAAGCACAGACUGAAGCAUGGCAAGGUUUAGGCGCAAAUUAUGCAUCACAUUAAUAGCUUUGGUGUUGCUUCUCCUCGUCAUCACAGCGGUCUUGAAAGCGCUCACACCAGAGGACGCUCCAUUCAGCAGCCCCGUGGGCGUCGAGCUGCUGUUUCCAGACAGAAAUAGUGACAAUCAGAUCCUGAGAGAAAUCGACAACAAACCCCACCAAAUCAAAAUGGAUGACGCGCCAAAGUCAGACAAAGACAAGGAACUGGAGGCUACGCUGAGGAAGUUUGCUCCUCCAAAUUACUAUCUCCAUGCCUUCUACUACACGUGGUUCGGGGCCCCCGAGUUUGAUGGCAAAUACAUCCACUGGGACCAUCCGCAGCUCCCACACUGGGACUUUAAGGUGGCUCAUGGGUAUCCGCAAGGGAGGCACAGCCCACCUGAUGACAUUGGGUCCAACUUUUACCCCUCUCUGGGUGCUUACAGUUCCAGGGACCCCUCCAUUAUAGAGGCUCAUAUGCAGCAGCUACGUACAGCAGCUAUUGGCGUCAUUGCUGUUUCCUGGUAUCCUCCGAAUAUGAAGGAUUACAACGGUGAAGCGACAGAUGACAUUGUGCCUUUGCUGCUGGAAGUGGCACAGAAAUACCACAUUAAGGUAGCGUUUCACAUUGAACCAUACAAAGGGAGAGAUGAAGUCAAUAUGUUCUCUAAUGUCAAGUACAUCAUCGAGAAAUACGGAGAGCACCCUGCUUUCUUCAAGUAUCGGACAAACACUGGCAAGCUUCUUCCACUCUUCUAUGUGUAUGACUCUUAUCUGAUGAACUCUGAGCAGUGGGCCAAACUACUAAAACACACAGAGAGUAACAGCAUCAGGGAUACCCCGUAUGACGCCAUCUUCGUUGCCCUCCUGGUAGAGGAGAAGCAUAAGAGGGAUAUCCUGACGGCAGGUUUCGAUGGUAUCUACACUUACUUUGCUACGAAUGGGUUUUCCUAUGGGUCCACUCAGCGGAAGUGGGACUCGAUUAAAGCGUUCUGCGAAGAUAACAACCUGAUUUUCAUCCCAAGUGUGGGCCCGGGGUAUAUUGACACAAGCAUUCGACCCUGGAACUUCCAAAACACAAGAAACCGCAUCAACGGCAAAUACUACGAAACUUCGCUGAGUGCUGCAUUACAAGCCAGGCCUGAUUUUAUAUCCAUAACAUCUUUUAAUGAAUGGCAUGAAGGGACCCAGAUUGAAAUGGCAAUUCCAAAAGCAAGCCAGACUGUGUAUCUGGACUACCUGCCCAAUAAACCUGCAAUCUACCUUGAGAUUACUUCCAAAUGGGCUGCCAUAUUUGGCGGCGAGCGACGGAAGUGGCAGGACUGAUAUGAGCGAAGAGCCAUGGUAAAGUUUGUUUCACGGUGGCAUUAAAAUAUUGACAUAAAAACUAAAUACAGUUUGAGUUGCAGCAAGGACAGCAUAAUGCAGAUGAUAAAUAAUAAUGAGAAAAAGGCAAAUGAUUUGCAAAUCCACAGGUAUGUGAACAUAAUCCUAAUUUUUUACCGCAACCAACUGAGCACCCCCAAACCGCACCUCCUUUCCCGAGCGCUGAGGACCAGCGACGGUAGCCGCACGAGAGCAAGUAUGUCGACUGUUGCGUCAUUUUCUGCCGUUGCCGGUCAUGAAUUCAUUCUGCUUCCCGUUUUUUCUCUUCUAUUGUGACAAGGAUUCAUGCUCUCCUACCUUCUUUUCUAAUAAAAGAGAAGUAUGAUCCUCCA